AUGGCGGGCAACCGGGACAACACGCUGGAGGGACAGCUGACGCACGUAAUCCAGCACCACAUGUCGCAGCCGGGCGCGGAGGCGCAGGUCAGCGUGCACCAAGUGCAGAGCCCCUCGGGCAGCGGGACGAAGCGGCACCAGAUCAUCAUCGACAUAAAACAGGACAUCGAUAUCGAUGAAAUGUCCACCCGCUCGCUGGCGGAGAGCGUGAUGGAGACGCUGGGCGCGCGCUCCGCCGCCGUGUACAUAGACAACUCGCAAGCCGGCAGGAACUCCGACAUGGAGUCGCUGACGACGGUCAACGUGAUAGUGGCGAACGACUUGAGCCAGACGGCGGCCAGCCCCGCCGCGGAGGAGACGGAGGCGGACGCCAGCCAGGAGCCGGCCGGGAGCCCCGCCGCCCUGCCGGCCAACCGGAUUGCCGUCGACCGCAUCGUGGAAAUGUCGAAUGCGUCGAACGCUAACAGCGAGACCUCGACGUCGAGCACCGCGUCGAUAACCGUCGCAACCGUCACAGCGUCAGGUAACAUACAUCACUAUUGGAGCUGCUCGAACGAUUACACGGACCUUUUG